AUGAUGAUGCGACCCGUUGUGUGUUUGCUGGUUUUUAUGCUGAGUGUUGCCUCUGUAUGUGCGGAAGGUGACGGUAAAGCUGAUGAGGCACUUCCACUUGAAGCUGCUGCUUCGGAGUGCCCUACUGAAUCUCAAGGGCAUUGUACAACGAAAACAAAACCAGCAGUUUCUCAUCCUCCUCCUCUUCCUGUUCAACCACCACAAGCACCUCCUGGUGGUGAUGAUUGUACUAAUGGACAUCCAUGUAGUACUAGUAGUAGCCGUGUUUCAACUACAGCUUCUCCUACUAAUUGUGCAAACCCUGCUAAGAAGGAAGGUUGCCCUGACAGUGUUCCGCAGACAGAAAGCAAUUGCCCUGGUGAUUCUGGUGAUAAUUGUCAAGCACCCCAACAGGCUCUCACUCAAACAAGAAAAGAUCACCAUGAUGGACACGAUUCUAAAGGUGAUCGUGGUUUAAGUGGGUCUGAAACUCCGGAUUCUCCCGGUAAAACAGGUCAAACUGGUCCUGGUGGUCCUUCUACUGAUACUGAUCCUUCUAACCCUUCUCCUACUACUGCUGAACCUGCUCUUCCUGCAGCUCCUGUACCUUCUGAUGAGAGUGUUGGUGCGUCCACAAGUGCAGCUCCACCUGAAAGUAGCAGCAACAGUGACGCAAAUGGCAAUUUAACUAAGGAGGACGGUGACGCAACAAAAACGCCUUCAAACACUUCAGAGAAAGAGAAUACGGAUGGUUCUGAAAAUACAGAGAACGGCACUACAUCUGAAGGGGGUGAAUCAACAAUAAAUACAGCUGAUUGGGGAAAUGCAGAAUCAACCACCACCACCACCACAACAACAACACUUCCUCCUGAACCCAUAAACAACAAGAAGGGUGAUGCAGACAGCAGCAGCAGUAUCAGCAGUUCUGUGUGGGUGCGUGUACCACUACUAAUUGUGGUUACACUGGCCUGUAUUCUUGUGUGCUGA